GUAGCGGUAGAUUUUCAACAUGGCGGCCUCCAUGCUGGUUCAGGUGAGGAGGCAGUGUGCACUGGUGCCAUGUCUCACUGUGGUUAGAAGGCAGUAUGCAGCCAGUCCUCCAUCUCUGUUCAGCAAACUCUUCUUUCAGUUAAAUCAGCGCUUUGUUGAGGUGGAAUAUCUCAUAAGACUAAGCAACUGGUUCAAAAAUCGGGAUGUGAGGCGUAAAAAUAUGAUCUAUGUUUACGCACAGAAGAAAUACGGUGUCAAUGUCGCAGCGGCGUACUCCAUCCUGAAACUGGGAGGAAGCUUCAGAUUUGCUGGACAGACCGAAUGGUUUCGUGUUGAUUCAAAGGGAAAGUUUAGUUUUGACUUUGUGAACACGCCAGACUCCACUAUAGAAGAGAUUGACUUGAGCAGGACUGUGAUCAACCACGCUGGACUGCACAACCUCACGAGUCAGUGCAAACUGCGCUCCCUCUCCGUGCAGGGCUGUCCGGAGGUCGAUGACUGGUUCCUUGCUCGCUUACAUGUUUUCGGCGAGACCCUUCAGGAGUUAAACGUAUCCCACUGCCCUCGUAUCACUGUGGGAGGUUUAGCUGCACUACAACACCUCAGGAAGCUACAGCAGCUGGAUAUAUCCUCACUUCCGCAGCUGAAAAGUCCAGGCCUGGUGCGCAUCCUUGUUGAAGAGAUGCUGCCUCACUGCAAGGUCAUUGGCGCUGAAUAUGAUCAAGGACUCCAGAUCCAAACUGAAGAGCCCACAGAUCCAGACUCGCUGAGAUAUAAUCGGGCAUAACAGGACCAUGGACGCUGAUAUACACAUGCCGCUCCUGCUGACGUUUAGCCAUCUAAUGGCACCAAGCUUGAAAAUAUUUGUUGUAAUUCAAGUGAGAGAGGGAUAUUUGUGCACGAAUUAUUUAUACACAUAAAACUGGUCACUAAUGUGUAGAUUUGUGGCUUUAGUUGAAGGAUCUAAGACAGAAGUGUACCUUUUUAAACUAGUUGUUGUAUCUUUGCCUGGUCUCUAUGUUGUCCAGUACGUUUCUUGACUUCAUGAGAACUGUGUAUGCAUUAAAGCCAGAGCAUUUUUAACAUAGUUACUGGGAGACCAAAUGGUCUCCCAGUGGCCAGAUUUGGUCUCCUAGUCAAUGGCAAACCAGCUUCACUGGGAGACCAAAUUUUAAACCAAGUUAUGUCUUAUCAUUUGGUUCAAUCAGUUGCAAUUAAUUAACCAAGUACCAUGUAAGUAUACAUAUAACAUAGAUCUUCGUUUUCCUUGUUAAAAGAUGUAUACACAAGAUCAUGUUGGUUAAGAAAAACAAAACUAAAAUUUGGUUACUGAGAUGGCUGAUGUCAGAAGCCGAUGUCAUUACCGUGUAACUUUUGAGUGUCUUUGGCAUAACAUUUGUACUUGGUAAUUGCUCUUGAUAGCUGUGUAGUCACUAUAGUGUGUUUGUCUGUAUGGUGAUUGGUGAACCAUUUUGCAUCACAGAAUACGCCGCAGCCGCAUGGACUCUGGGGCCUGUGAUUGUAUUGCCCAGACCAGUUGGUCUCCUAGUGGAAAAUCCUUAAAAAAUCUCAUCUCAUCUCUAGCCGCUUUAUCCUUCUACAGGGUCGCAGGCAAGCUGGAGCCUAUCCCAGCUGACUACGGGCAAAAGGCGGGGUACACCCUGGACAAGUCGCCAGGUCAUCACAGGGCUGACACAUAGACAACCAUUCACACCUACGGUCAAUUUAGAGUCACCAGUUAACCUAACCUGCAUGUCUUUGGACUGUGGGGGAAACCGGAGCACCCGGAGGAAACCCACGGGGAGAACAUGCAAACUCCGCACAGAAAGACCCUCGCCGGCCACGGGGCUCGAACCCGGACCUUCUUGCUGUGAGGCGACAGCGCUAACCACUACACCACCAUGCCGCCCUCCUUAAAAAAUGCUCUGGUUAAAGCAGAUAUUACGAGAGGCUUCAUGAGAGACCUGAGCUAGGUCUGACCAUGCACCAGCUCUGAAACACAGGCUGCAUUGGUAGACUAUCUUUACAUAUCUCUGCUGGGGGGGAAGAUAGAGUUGAUGUACACUGUAUUAGACUGUGAAGAAAUUAUUUCUAGAAAGUACUUCGUAUUGUUCUUUAUCUGUCCAACACGUGUUCAGGUGAUAAAUCUAUUAAGAGAGUGUCUUAAAUCCCAUAAGCCUUAUUACAGAGGUGUGGGACUGUAAAGGGACUUAGUGUCCAUGAAGUCGAAGAUGAACAUGUCCUUUCAGGAGAGGUACACACUGUUUUUUUUUUUUUAACCGAGCCAUUUCUCAUAUUUUACGUUUUCUAGAUGAUAGAACUUUUUCCAUGAAUAAAAUGCAACAUUUUAGUGAAAUUUAACUGAAUGUUAUGAGUGAGACAAAUUUGACACUGCAUUACAAAGCAAACCACAAGGAAAAUGUUUGGGGUCUUUUUUUUUUUUUUUUAAACAAUAUUAUGUUUAGAUAUUGUAUUUGAUCCUGAUUUUAAUGGUGGCGAUAAAGUGUAACUGUUUAAACAUUUGUGUGUAUGUAAACAUGCAGGAAAUCAUAUGUAUUUUUCAAACGAGGUUUCGGUUUCCAGUCGGACGACUUAUCGCGACGCACAACAACAAGCACUUGUCCCUUUAAACGAAUAGCUGGUGUUUUAAACAUUUUAUUUAAAUAUACAAACGGGGGUUAGGUGUCUACAGAUGUCUGACAACCAAG